AUGCAUAUCCUCGUGUCCAACGACGACGGGCCGCCGUCGCCUCACUCCUCGCCCUACGUGCACUCCUUCGUCCGACACCUCCAGCGAGCGGGCCACACCGUCUCCGUCUGCGUCCCUCACACGCAGCGCUCGUGGAUAGGCAAGGCGCAUCUGAUCGGCCAGACGCUCAAGCCCGUCUACUACCGGCCCUCGGCCCACAGCCACGGCGAAGACUCCGAGGGCACGACGCACGCCCGGCCGUCGCCCUCGGGGGACGUGGAGGAAUGGAUCCUGAUUGACGGGACGCCGGCCUCGUGCGUGCAGAUUGGGCUGAACCACUUCUUCCAGGACAAGGGCCCCGUGGACCUGGUCGUCAGCGGACCCAACUUUGGGCGCAACAGCACGGCGAUAUUCGCCCUGAGCUCGGGGACGCUGGGCGCGGCGCUGGAGGCGGCUGCUUCCCGGUACAAGGCCAUCGCGCUGAGCUUUGCCUUCUUCUCGCGGAACCACGAUCCGGUGAUCAUCGAUGCGGCGUGUCGGCACAGCGUGAGGGUGAUUGAGUAUCUGUACAAGCAGUGGCCGACGGAUGGCAGCGCGGACCUCUAUAGCGUCAACGUUCCGCUUGUUGAGGGCGUGGAGGCGCAUCAGACUGUGUGGACGGAUAUACUUCAGAAUUACUGGACCAAGGGCGGUUGCUUCGAUGCUGUCGAUGGUUCGGCUGAUGAGGACCUCGAGGAGGAGAGGAUACGGGAGGGGCCUGGUGGCGAGGUCGAUGGUGGGAAGAGUGAGGUGACUGCUGAUGUUCCAAAGGGCCACACUCACAAGCUCUUCAAGUGGGCGCCGAAAUUCGCAGACGUGUAUAAGUCUGUGGAAGAGGCUGGUCCUGGAUCAGAUGGAUGGGCUGUGAAAGAAGGGCAGACGAGUGUUACGCCUCUCAAGGCAAACUUUGCUACCUGUGCGGGAGACAAGGCGACGAAGGAGAUUAAGCUUCCCGAUUCUAGGGAACCUUCUACAGCAGAGUUGGCGGUACGGGAGAAACCCAAGGAGUCGAACAGCAAGAUUCAGGCCGUUGUAUCAUACGACGACCCCUAUGUCCAGCCCCUUAUCGUAUCCGCACUCAACGCCGUGCUGCCCAAGGACACGUUCGAUCUCAUCACCGACAUAUCACCAGAAAACUUCAACCUGUCAAGCACGCUCCCCUCUCCAGACACCCGCGUGCUGCAGAUCCUCCCUUACGAAAGCAUCGACUUCGAGUUUGCCACGUCUCACACAAAUACGUGUUUGAUCAACAGCUACAUGAUUCGAAAGGCCCUCAUCAGGAAGCACUACCUCUCCGCAACGCUCGAUCACUGGGCGGCCAAGAAUCCCGACUCCAUCCUCAAGAAGCAUCUGAAGCGCAGCGAGGCAUUUGAAGUAGACUAUGCCGAGUUCCUCGACGACGCCCUUGUCGAGGCGUUUGAUCUACGGGAAAGCAUGGAUCGCAACGAGGAGAAGGAGGCUAGCGAACGCGAAUGGUGGAUCCUCAAGCCCGGCAUGAGUGAUCGAGGGCAGGGCAUCCGCCUGUUCAGCACCAUGGAGGAGCUGCAGGACAUUUUCGACGGGUGGGAGGCGGAUCGACCGGAUAGCGACGACGAGGAAGAAGAAGACGGCGAAGGCGGAGCAGCAGCAGCGGACGAGGAUGCCGCCGAUGGGGACUACAUCACGGCGUCCCAUCUCCGUCACUUUGUGGCCCAGCCGUACAUCCACCCUCCGCUGCUGCUCUCCUCCCCAGGAGGAGGCGGCCACAAGUUCCACAUCCGGACCUACGUGCUCUGCGCGGGCAGCCUCGACGUCUACGUGUACAAGCACAUGCUCGCCCUCUUCGCGGGGAAGCCGUACACGCCGCCCUGGGCCGCGCCCGACGACAUCGAGGCCUUCCUGACCAACACCUGCCUGCAGGACUCGCCCAACGAGAACACGGUCCGGCGGUUCUGGGAGCUGCCCCUGGAGAGGGCGACGCUGGAGGGCGUGUUUGAGCAGAUCUGCGGGACGACGGGCGAGCUGUUUGAGGCGGCGGCGAGGGCGAUGCCGAUCCAUUUCCAGACGCUGCCGAAUGCGUUUGAGGUGUUUGGGCUGGAUUUCCUGGUGGAUGGGGAUGGCGUCGCGUGGUUGCUGGAGGUGAAUGCGUUUCCGGACUUUAAGCAGACGGGGGGUGAUCUGAGGGGCAUUGUGGAGGGGUUUUGGAGGGGGGUCGUGAGGGUUGCGGUUGGGGGGUUCUUUGGGGUGAAGAAGGGUGAUGAUGAUGAGGAGGGGGAUAUGGUUUCUGUGAGGAGGAUUGAUUUGGGGAGGAGGUGA